GCAUGAGGUAUUGUUGCAUAUCGCCUCUCCGGAGCUUAACGGGACAGUGCUAUGAGGACUCUCCCCAAAAGCAAAACUUGCGAAGUGUUCUGCGUCUCCGGGCAUGGACACUCCGGCUGCUCCGCUGCACAGGGAGAGGGGGAGUUGAAGGAGCCCACCCAGUCUCUGAGCCCCCCCACGAAGCCUGAGGACCAGGCAGAGGAGAAGGUGGAGGGGGGGCGAGCUCCAGUCUGUGUCUCCUGGAGGAGAUGGAUGUUCGGUCUCCUGCCUUUCUUCCCCUUCGCUGCUGCCAUCGCACUGACUCUCCACUUCCUAACAUCUCCGCCCUCCUCAGUGUUCUUCCUCGGUGGCAGCGUGGAGUUCCCAAACCUGAGCUUCUCCUCAGAGCUGACUGACUCCACCUCCCCUCAGUUCCGCCUGCAGGCUCAGGCUUUGAACCUUUAUUUCUCCGACCUCUACGAGUCCUCACCGUGGAGCUCUUACUACCUGCACUCAGGAAUUACUGCCUUCAGUGAAGGAGCAGAAGGGCUCAAUGUCUUCUACUGGAGUAAAUUCUCCGCCCCGGAUGACGUUGCAGUGGCGAUGCGGGGGUCCGGCCCAGAGAGGCUGCAACGCAGACUUCCUGGUAGCAACAAGGUGCUGCGGGACAGCCGCAACGAGCAGCGCUACUACAUGGAGCAAGAUGAUGACAUGCUCCACCUGCUGGGUUUGGACCCUGACGACUUUGAAGCAGAUGAGAAAUCAGACAAGAGUAAGAAUCCAAACAGCAUCCAGAGUGGGAAGUGGCAGCUUGGCUUCCAAGCGAUGUCCUUUGACCUCUAUGCCAAAUAUGGCAACAACCGCACCCUGAGCCUCGUGAGUCCCAAGAAGCCGUACUACCAGUGGCGUCUUCGCGUGCCGUCGGGUCAUGUAGUUCGACUGGUCGUCCUCACCCUGCAAGGUGCCACGCCGGGAAGCUGCACCGCCCAUAAGCUCUCAGCCUACGACUUCCUGCUUCCGUUACAGAACAAGAUAAUAGCAAGGUGGUGUGGGCUGCCUAUUUCGGGUUCGUCCCCUGUCAUGAAGCUGACAUCCUCUGGGAAUGUGAUGCUGGUCACCUUCUCCUUCAGCAGACAGAGGGAUGGAGCCAUCUUCAAAGCUUACUUCCAGGCCAUCCCAAAAGCAGGUUGUGGAGGGUCGAUCUCCUCCUGGAACGGUUCCAUUACCUCCCCGUACUACUCUUCCUACUACCCUCCUAACAUAGACUGCACCUGGACACUACGGGCGCCGUUGCCAGGCUACUUAAUCUCUGUGACGAUUGUGACGAUGGACAUUCAGGACUCGUCCUCAGACGGCUGUGAGAAAGACUGGCUGAACAUCGGAGGGGUGAAAUUGUGUAAUCCAGUGUCAGACAGCAGCAGGAAGCGAGUCUUCUCCUCUCCUCUGUCCCUCCACUUCCACUCUGACGAGUCUCUCACUCACAAGGGCUUCUACCUGCUCUACCGAGUCUUCUCUCCAGAGGGCACCUGUCCUCGGCAGCUUCGCUGUGGAGAUGGACACUGUGUCCCCCUGAGGAAGGUGUGUGACGGAGUGAAAGACUGCUCGGAUGGACGAGACGAGGCUAAAUGCUCAUCCUGCAGGCCAGGUGAAGUGCUGUGUGGGAACGGCCAGUGUAAGCCUCAGAGCAGCCAGUGUGCGAGCCAGAGCAACUGCGCAGACAGCAGCGAAGAAGGCGGCUGUGGAGGUAAAUGUUACCACGUGUGUCCCAACAAGGUCUGUUUGCAAAAGUCUUCAGUGUGUGAUGGUGUUAUUGACUGCAAGGACCGCAGCGAUGAGCUCAACUGUACCAGAGCGUACCUCAAAAGCUGCUCCUCGUUCUCUUACAAAUGUGCCAAUGGGAAGUGUGUAAGUAAGGUUAACCCCGAGUGUGACGGAGUCAAAGACUGCUUUGACAGCUCUGAUGAAAUGCGCUGCGGCUGUGGCACCAGACCCAGGAAGCGAACUAAGAUAGUGGGUGGCUCUGAUGCUGGGGCGGGCUCAUGGCCGUGGCAGGUCAGCCUCCAGAUGGAUCGCUACGGCCACGUCUGCGGCGCCACGCUGGUCGCCAACCGCUGGCUCAUCUCUGCGGCUCACUGCUUCCAGGACUCGGACGCAAUAAAAUACUCGGAUGCCCGUGCGUGGCGUGCCUACAUGGGAAUGCGUGUGAUGACUACGGGGAACAACGGUGCAGCCACCAGACCAAUCCGCCGGAUCCUCCUCCACCCGCAGUACGACCAGUUCACCUCUGACUACGACAUCGCCCUGCUGGAGCUCAGUGCUCCUAUGUUCUUCAACGACUUGGUGCAGCCCGUAUGCGUCCCCGCGCCCUCACACACCUUCACAACAGGGACCAACUGCUACGUCACAGGCUGGGGGGUGCUCAUGGAGGACGGUGAACUGGCCUCUCGCUUACAAGAGGCCCCCGUGAAGAUCAUCAACAGGAACACUUGUAACAAGCUGUAUGACGAGGCCGUCACUCCCAGGAUGAUGUGCGCUGGGAACCUGCAUGGAGGGGUGGACGCCUGCCAGGGUGACUCAGGAGGUCCGUUGGUGUGUCUGGAGCGAGGCAGGCGCUGGUUCCUGGCGGGGAUCGUGAGCUGGGGUGAGGGCUGUGCGAGGCUGAACCGUCCGGGCGUCUACACACAGGUGGUCAAGUUCACCGACUGGAUCCAUCAGCAGACUCAAGGACAGGUGUGACUGAACACCACACUGACAUGGAGAGAAACAAAAAAAACAGACACAGGACGAAGGUUUCAGACCUGGAGUCCAUCUUCAGACGGUGGUUGUGAUUUUCAUGACAACACAUUCAGUUUUUUGGGAGUGUGUCCAUGGCAACGGGUCAUCAACCAGCUUCCUUACAACCCGGACAACAUUAACAGUGGCUAUGUUGACAUGUGCAAACUAAUUCAGUUAACCUGUUUAUUACAUUUACUCGAUUUUGGGUCGCUAAACAUAAACGUUAGAAUGUGGUUGGAAUACCCAAUUACACUCUGUUGCAGAAUCCUGUGCAAACUUCACAGGAGACAUAAAAAGUCUUUUAGUUUUCACUGUCUGCUCACAUGUAGACUGAACUAUAGGUCAAUAUUUACUGCUCUACUUAAGCUUGAGUCUCUUCAAUCAGAGGGACAAGUCAGGCCAAAGUGCGACAACUAGCCAGGUUAUCCUGUACAUGUGAAUGUAGCCGAGUACUUCCUGUUUUCCUACCCUCCCUCUUCUUCCUGUCAGCUUCAUCGUUCACUACGGAGAGAGUGACCAUGUCAGGUGUUGCCCUCAAAAACCCCAACAGUCUGUGCAAAGAGUUCUCUCCCCGCACACGUGAAGCCGCAUCAUUCCUCUCUCAUCUACAUUGGUCCAUGUACUGUAUAUGUGUGUUCAUGACUGUUGUUAUUGUACUGUAUGUGUGUGUAUGUGCAUUUGUAUAUCAUGAGUUUACCUGAGUCGUAGCUUUUGUCCAAUAUAUUCUGUAAUUGUAGUGAAGUGAAUAAUCCCUCAAUAGGAGGUGAUAAUAUAUUUUGCAUUUCAGUUUGAUUUAAUUUAUCUUUACGGCGCCUCCUUUGUUCUUCACGCUCCAUGAACAGCAUGAUCACGGCUCCCCUUAAAGCAGACGUUGAUGCUGUCGUAGGGAACAAAUAAGAUUACCACGAGGGAACCGUACACCAAUCUUUUCAAUGCAGACACACGGCAUGUUCCUGUUUCUCCUGCUGGCCCUUCUCAUUCAGUGCACUUCACCACCCAGUGGCCAAUCUACACUAGUGUUUAUUUGAUGUCCUGAGGGAAUCCUGCACUUUAAAACUCUGCAGUUUGCAUCCUUGUUUAACGAUAUCGGAUCAUAUGCUUUUACAUUAAAGACAACACAGCAGGUCUCAACAUACAUUUUUAUUAUGACAUUUAUAUUGCUUUGUUUUUUAGUGAAAUUUGGCUUUAUACAUUUUUCUUAAUAUAAACGUUGGACUGACAAAUCUCUCCUGCUUCAGUUGUAAUUGGUGCUUUGGACUGAAAGGUGCACAGUGUUCGGUCCCUGCAGCAGUUUGGAGCCAGUACUUUUAUAUAUCACAUCAUCUGAUUGUGUCAUUGUGUCACCUUCAAACUGAG